AUACAACGCAGUUCCGCAAAUUUAGUCUGUUUGUGUUUUGACGGUAGAGAUCCCCAAACCACUACGCAAGUUCAUAACCAAGGAGACUGUCUGCAUUCAACACCUCGGAUUAGAAACGGGAGACAAAAUGGCAUCUGACUCUCCACGCAGACCAAGUCGCUGUGCUGGAGGGGUUUUGGUGCGAGCACAAGCUGCUACGGAGCAGUCUUACAUGGAAAGUGUGGUGACCUUCCUGCAGGAUGUAGUCCCCCAGGCAUAUACUGGUGCUCCACCUACUGAUGAAAAGGAGAAAAUAAUUUGGGUUCGAUUUGAGAAAGCUGACAUCAAUGACACUGCCCGCAACCCAGAGUUUAUGGAAAUGCACAGUGGUACUAGUGACCCUCCCCUCUGCCUCAUGAUUGGCUAUACUGACGGGAUGCAGAUCUGGGGCAUAUCUUUGGCAGGUGAAGCCCAAGAGCUGUUCUCAGUGCGCCAUGGUCCUGUGCGAGCAGCUCGCAUUCUGCCAGCGCCUCAUAUCAGUCCUCUGAAGAUGGACAGUUUUGCUGACAAGAGGCCCCUGCUGGGGGUUUGCAAGAGCACAGGGUCCUCUGGGACAAGCCCUCCCUACUGUUGUGCUGACCUGUAUUCUCUACGGACAGGGGAAAUGGUCAAAUCAAUUCAGUUCAAGACACCUAUCUACGAUCUCCACUGUAACAAACAUAUUCUUGUUGUGAGCCUACAAGAAAAGAUUGCGGCAUUUGACAGCUGCACCUUCACUAAGAAGUUCUUUGUUACAAGCUGCUAUCCCUGCCCUGGCCCCAGCCUUAAUCCAAUAUCUCUGGGAAGCCGCUGGCUUGCCUAUGCUGAGAACAAGUUGAUAAGAUGUCACCAGUCUCGUGGAGGAGCUUGCGGUGACAAUGCACAGUCCUAUACAGCUACAGUGAUCAAUGCUGCCAAAACUUUAAAGACAGGCCUGACAAUGGUGGGUAAAGUUGUCACCCAGUUAGCAGGCACAAUACCAGCAGGCACUCCAGAUGAGGAGGGCACACCUCACAGCACGAGCCGCCGUAGCCCCCACAGCCCUGGUGUGGUCACCAUCAUCGACACACACAGUGUUGGUGAGGGACAGGUCUUGGUGAGUGAGGACUCGGAUGGAGAGGGGGUGGUGGCUCACUUCCCAGCUCAUGACAAACCCAUAUCCUGCAUGCAAUUCAACCCCAGUGGAAUGCUGCUGGUGACUGCAGACACUCUGGGCCAUGAUUUUCAUGUCUUCCAGAUCCUCACCCACCCAUGGGCGUCCUCACAGAGUGCUGUUCACCAUCUCUAUACUCUGCACCGUGGGGAAACUGAGGCCAAGGUCCAGGACAUGUGUUUCAGCCAAGAUAGUCGCUGGGUAGCAAUCAGCACCCUUCGAGGCACAACCCACGUCUUUCCCAUCAACCCCUAUGGCGGUGCACCUUGUGCCCGUACACAUAUGUCCCCACGGGUUGUCAACCGGAUGUCUCGCUUUCAAAAGAGCGCUGGCCUGGAGGAGAUUGAACAGGAGCUGAACAGGGCGGCUGCUUUAGGAGGAGCAGGAGGAGCAGGCAUAGGAGGAGGUGGUUGCAUUUUGGGUGGAGGAGGAGGCAUCGGGGGCCGCUGUAGUCCCAUACCAGGCCUGUCCAGCAGUCCCUCAGGGUCUCCACUGCAUGCCAAGCUGAGCAACCAGGAUUCAUACAACAACUUCACCAAUAACAACAUGGGGAACCCACGGCUGUCCCCAUUGCCCAGCCUUACUGUGGUGCUGCCUCUGGCUCAGAUCAAACAGCCUAUGACCCUGGGCACCAUCACUAAGCGUACCGGACCCUACCUCUUUGGGGCAGGAUGUUUUGCCAUUAAAACUCCAUGCAAAGCUAAGCCACCCCCUCAGAUCUCCCCGAGCAAGUCCAGUGGUGGAGAGUUCUGUGUGGCUGCCAUAUUUGCCUCAUCUCGCUCCUGGUUCAUCACCAACCCCAACAUGAAAAGAGAGAAAGAUCAGUCGAGGCAGUCGGUUGUUGACUCGCUGUAUAUCAUCAGUUGCUAUGGUAAUUUGGUGGAGCAUGUCCUCGAACCUCGGCCAAUUAGCACUGCUCAAAAGAUCAGCGAUGAUACACCUUUGGAGCUCAACACCUGUCCUAGGGCAUGCUGGACUCUAGCCAGGACUCCACAGUGGAAUGAGCUGCAGCCACCCUUCAACUCCAACCACCCCUUGGUGUUGGCCUCAGACCUGGUGCAGUACCAUCAGUAUCUUCUGGCUGCGAUGCCCCCAGGAAGCCCUGGCCCAAUCACACGUCAUGAGUCAUCAGACAGUUUGGCAUCAGACCACAGUGGCCAAGAGGAUGAGGAGUGGCUCUCUCAGGUAGAGAUUGUGACCCAUACAGGGCCCCACCGGCGCCUGUGGAUGGGUCCCCAGUUUCAGUUUAAGACCAUUCACCCUUCCGGCCAGACCACAGUCAUCUCCUCCUCAUCCUCAGUGCUACAGUCCCAGGGCCCAACUGAUGUCCCACAACCCCUCUUGGACUUUGACACAGACGACCUGGACCUACACAGUCUAAGAAUCCAACCGGUACGUUCAGAGCCAGUCAGCAUGCCUGGCUCAUCAGGGCUGGUAGCUGAUCGUCGAGGACAGUCCAACAUCAUGGAUGCAGGAUCAGGUUAUUCCUAAAAAAGACGCUCCUCGCCCUGCAAAUUACCAUUUCAAUUGACUUUUUGUUAUUUUUGUUGCUUUUUUCCUCGUAAACACGCCUGUCAUUUUCAUUGCCCCUUCAUCCAUCCAUUCACCCUUCCCUCUCUCCCUCACUACCCAGUCAUUGUUUUAUCAUUGGUGUGAGAGAGAGAAGAGGACAGGCGAGAGGAGGAGGAGAAGGAGGAAGAGAGGAAGAUGGCCAGCUUUUUUCUACUUGUCUGUCUUUCUCUUUGUCUGUCUGUUCAUUUUUGUCUAGAUAUGGCUUCAGAAAGAAGCCAUACAUAGCUCAAGUCCAUGAUAAUAAUAUGUAGUACCAUAUGGCAGUUCUUAAAGAUUAAAUAGCACAACCAUGUCUUCUUGAAGUAAUGUUUAUAUACAACUAAAUUGCAACAACAACGUUAUGAGGGAAAUCUGAUCACUGGCUGGAUUAUGUUCAGAAACAAGAACACAAGUAAACACACUGUGUCUGAAGUUACUAUCAACUUUUUCUGUAUUAAACCAGACCACAGUCUUUCCCUAACGUUUACCAACUGUUAACCAUAGAAUAGUUUAAUAAUUGUGUAAAGACAAGUGAGUCAUUCCCCAAGGCCAAACCAGUUUUUUUUUCUACCUCAAUUGCUGUCCUUAGGAUGCACUUCAUAAAAGCCUGGCAUCACUGAUGUCUUUAAACUAACUGUUACCAGGAGGUAAUAUUAUCAAACGAUUCAGUGCUGUUAAUCCCAAAGCCUGUCAUCCAUUUUUGGUGAUCACCUUCCCACUGCAGUAUGAUCAUCUUGUUAGCAUACUGUCCUCUAGGGUGACCAAGAAACUCAAGCUCUGUACAUAGUUUCCCAGCCUAGUCUCUGUUACUGCUCAUUGUGUAUGUUAAUGUAGGUGAUACACACACAAUACCAGUGUUGUCACUGUGUCACAGCACAGAAGGUGCUGGAGAAAUGAUUUGUUGUUGUUUCAUCUAGGAGAAUUAAUUAACACUAAGCUUUGCAGUUAUAUAUGCUAUUUACAGGCCGCAGUAUAUAGUGAGUGCCAUAGAAAGGCAAACAAAAGGAUGUGGAACUACCUGAACCCCAGUGAAUCAGACUCAGUUCCCACAAUGUUCCCACUGUGUCUCCUCAUUCAAGCUGAUUGAGAGAAGCUGUUCCUGGCAUCCUCUGGUGUGUUACCAGCCCUGCACCAAUGGGGGAUGAUUUCAGUUCAUUUUGGGUAACGUGUAAAUGUAGACAGAAAAUCAGCUAAUACUCCAGGGAAGAAGGUUACUAUUACUUAUUGCGGUGUCUGUGCUUUCUUCAUCCUUCUUUCAACAUCUGCCUCUGAUAGGCUCAUUUUAGAUAAGACCUGCUUUCUUGACCCUCAGCAAACCAAUCAAUAGGACAAUGACAACCACGUGACUGUGACAACUGACAUCUUAAUUUGAAAUGAAACCAAUAGUUUGACUCACAGUAAUUCCUUUCUAUUAUGGUCUUGCUAUCAUCAGAAAGUUGUUUCAAGGGGAGCACAAAUAGUAUCUGUGUUAUUAUGAAUACUUGGUAAUGUACAAAGUAAUUUUCAUAAUUAUCUAUUUUGUUGUUUAACAACUGAAAGAGGAGGAAAUAUAAGAGACUUUUCAUUUUCAUUAUUUACCCAUCAUUGCUGUUUUUUAUAAAUUUCAACAGGGAAUAAAAAUUUGACUGAGCAAGUGCUCCCUCAGUGAAUACAUUACUUUAUCAUUUUCAUUAUCAUUAACUAUAGCCAUAUCAGUUUUCUCCCUCCCCUUUCUGCAUUGCAGAUCUCUGUUAGAGAAAAUGCUACUUGAGCCCGAAAGUUCAAAUUUGAGGUCACUUGUCAAAACUGAUAAUGAUAAUGAGCCAAAGAAAGUUAUUUUUAAAAAGAGCCUUUUCCAAAAUUUGCUGUUUGAUUCAUGCUAUUAUUAACUUUGCCUCUCCACUAAGCAUUACACAUUGAACUGACAGUAUUUUGUGAAAUCACUUUAAAAUUUACAGCACUGACUCACAGGAUGAUGUGAAUCCAAUAUGUUCAUCACAUGAUUCACCAUUAUCUUGAACUUUGGAAACAGAGGUGGACAAAAAUCCUGGUGUUUGAAUGUUUCUGAAAUACUCUGCCCAGCACCUCUGGAAACAAUAAUCAAACCACAUUAAACUGCUUAAAUGAGGCAUCUUUCCCAUUCAACAGUAACUGAACCUAUUGACCUGGUCUGCAUGUUUCAUAUACUGACUUGCAACCACAUUUGCUGUUUGAAGGAGUUUUGUGUUAGCAUUACUAUAGUUGCCACUGAGUCUGUAUAUUAUAUCACAAUUUGUGUCCUGAGAAAGGUGAUUGACAGAUCAUUGAAACUGUUCAGGUAAGAAGCAGAUGGUGUGUCUUUGAGCUGAGUAAUACAAUUUAUUUUAUGUGAUUGAAACAACCAACUGUAAAGCCACUACUAAAAAGUGAAGAGCAAGAGAAAGAUAUGUUGAAUUUUAGAUUGUAUUCAUAAAGAACAGAUGAAGUACACAAGUAAAUAAAAUAUUUAUACAUAAAUUGUGCUAUACCAAUUAUUUGUGCAGUAAAAUUUAGUAUUAUACCCAGAGCCAAAAUUCUGCCUCAUCAGAAGCAGUUACACAGUCCUCCCAGCCCUCUGUUUGCUACAGAGAUUUAAGCAAAGUGUACUGAGUGGCUCAGCUGCCUCAUGUAUAGCAGUACAGUUUUUCUAUGGAGCAGCUAGCACAAGCACAUAUUCAGCACACUCUCAGCAGCAUUUGCCCUUUAGGCAUCAAAUACAGUUAUUAUUAUACACCCAGUUCAAGAUGAGAUGGAAAGGAGGGUCACACUGUGAAGGAGGAAGUGCAUGAGUGCACUUGUGUAUGCAGUGGUCCAGGCAGCUAAAUGUAUGAAUGAGGCUCCUCUAGUGUUCCCUUUGUUCUCCCCAAACAGUUUGUACAUACAGUACCACUUAAAAGAAAUGCACAAGCACAUGUACAAGUUUUAGGUUGAUUGUCCUGUCGGAGAGCUUCUCUAGUAAGUGAUAAGAAUGGAAAUAUCUAAUACAUGAAAAUCCAUGUUUUCCCAGUUGAUUGUCUGAUCUGCUACUUCAUUCUGACUCUUGAAUCUUACAUACUGGACACUAUGUUGAGAGAUAGAAUAGCAUUGUCAUCACAACACACAACAUAAUUUAAUCUUUCAUAUCACUGAAUAUAGUUUCCUAGGUUGAUAUUUUAUGUAUGUUUUACUUUCCUAUCCCAACUUUAAAGCUGCACUGAUCAAUAUAUUGUGAUAUUUGUCAGAUGACUAUGUGUAAUGUAAACCCAUAGAGAAUUGCUACCAACUCUGGAGUUUCUUUCAGCUCAUGGUUUUGAUUUUAUGCCUGCUCUGAGCAAAAUUAUCUGAUUAUCUGUCUAUGAAGAAGUGUAAAAUAAAUAUUUUGAACCAUCUUAAACCAUUUUUCAAGAAGCCAUCUAAUAUAUAAUUACUUAUAUAUAUUGACUCAUUCAGUUGUCAUAGCAUCAACUAGUGCUUUGGAAAAUAGAGUAUUAUUUAUUAUUUAUUUUUCACAGUACUUGGGUUCUGACAUUCACAGUAAUUGUGUUACUCAUCUGUCGGAUGACUGCCAUUACAAAAGGUGCGCACCCUCAAAAUUUCAAAAUUUAGAAUAUGUCCCACUCACAUUGAACAAAAUGCAAAAGUCAAACAAUUACAGUUCUUUUUGAAAAGAAAUAGUACAUGACACAUCCUAGGCCUAUGAUCAUUGGCAAAAUUAAACCUGUGUAUUCUGCUUUUUCAGAACCAAUUUGCUCUCAUCGCAUAUGUCACGGAACUUACUAUCAUUUAGCAUAGUUUAGGCUAAACUUUUAGCAUGGAGCACAAGCACAAAGGGGAUUUAACAGUCUUUAUUUUCAUCUUCUAUCACCUGUCAUUGCACAUAUGUGUCAAAUAAAAUGAAUGUAUGUUUAUACCACUCUGUAUUGUGAGGUCUAGUUUGAUGGUUUUCAAUUACCAAUACAUUUAUCCUGUGUCUAAUAACCAGUUAAAGUCUUUAAAGUUGUAUUUUUGUGAAUAUGUAUAAAACAUAAUUUCAUUUGUAAGUUUACUGUAUGCCAUUUGCAUGGUUUUACCAGUUCCCAUCAUAUAUUAAACAGUGUACGUUUUA